AUGUACCUUCUUCCCGAGCCAGCAGUCGGUCAACUCCUCCGGGACCUGACACGCCCGCAAUGCCUCUCAUUCCUCCGCACAUUAGACACGGCCCUUUUAACUGUCUCAGCACAGUCAUUCUCCCCGCCUGAGGAGCGCUUAGUGCACCAACCCCUCCGCACAGCAAUUACAACAAAAGACAACAACCUCUCGCUCUUCAUGCCCGUCUCCAACACCUCCAGCACGGGGAUCAAGAUCGUGACUGCCUCUCAGUCGCACGGGAUCAUCGGCGUCAUUAAUAUCUUUUCGCCGAAGGGCGAGCUACUGGGUUUGCUGAGCGCAGCUGAGAUCACGGCGUUCCGUACGGCGCUAACGGUUAUGUCGCUGUUUGUUAGGGUCACUAGCUCUGGGGCGGCCGCUGGGAUUCAAAGGGAGAGAAUUGUCAUCCUUGGCUCUGGACGGCAGGCGGAGUGGCAUGCGCGCUUAGCCUUGUUACUGUGUCCUGGCGAUAUCAGAAGGAUGACAUUCGUCAAUCGUGGCCGAAAGAGGUUGGAGGAGCUGGAACGAGGUGUUAUAUCUAAUUUGAAAAACAGGUAUCCGGAUGUGGAAUUCACGACUCUGUCGAAGGAGGGAAAUGAUCACUACGAAGAGCAUCUCUGUACUGAAUUGGCACUGUCCGAUGUCAUAUUUAGCUGCACGCCAUCGACGGAGCCGAAUUUCCCUUAUUCCUAUCUUGCUGGCGGCACUGGCGCUGGCGCUGGUUCUGAACGAUACAAGGCCAAGUUCAUCUCCCUGAUUGGCUCUUACAGGCCUCAUAUGCAGGAGAUCGAUACAGAGACACUCCUAUCCGGGGGUGGCACAGUUUAUGUUGAUUCGAGGGAGGCUUGUCUCGAGGAGUCGGGGGAGCUCAUCAAAGCCGGUAUGAAGGGGGAUCAGCUGGUCGAGUUGGGCGAGCUGUAUCAGGGUCAGGAGCUUGGUGAGAACAAAGAUGAGGGACCGCAACCCUUCAAGAUGGCGGAGGGGCAGAAUGUGGUGAUGAAGUGUGUUGGAAUGGGGAUAAUGGACCUAGUCACUGGGAGGAAACUGUUGGAGCUGGGAAGGGAGAGAAACAUUGGGGUCGAGGUUAAUGGGUUCUAG